UCUCAGCUGCUAACUUAGGGCGAGCUUGAAUGUACCUUCUUGUUGUCUGAGCUGCGAUUUGUGACGGAGCGCAUACCCAUAGCAAACUCGGAUAUCUCAUAACAUCGAUGGAGUCUGCCAGCGCCAGCACGUCCCGCCCCAUCUCGACCGCCCCGACCCCUCCGAACGGCAGGCCCGCGGGCCAGGGUCCAGCAGAGAGGCCACAAGAACGGGCAGCCAGUGCAAAGGUGCAAACGCUUUGCUAAUCGGUGUGGGCUAACGGGGCUCAUUUGGGAUGCAGCCGAUACGCUCACGUCAAACGUACAAAGAGAAUGAGACACGCGAAGCAUACCGCAAAGAACUCACACUCGCAGAGGACAAACUGAAGAAGUUGCAGGACGAGUGCAACCUGCUUCUGGACGCCGUGGAUAUCGCUGCACCGGCACAACCUUCCCUAUUACACUACCUCGCGCGAGACCCAAUACCUCCACAAUACCACUCAUACCAAUCCGCGCCAGUGCCUGUACCCGCUACACAGCCUUCACCACGCCCGACCGCAUCUGCACCUGCCCCCUCACAUCCGCAUCACCAAGCACACGGCCAUAGCCAUCGACACCGAUCGCGGUCGAACAGGAAGUCAACCACGCAGAACGGGAACGGUGUCAGUUCAAGACGAUAGGUUCGCGUGUGGGGUCUAUCGAAUAACCGUAACUGAUCGCGUACCAUUUCGUUAGUGAAGAGAGUGCAAGAGUUUGUGCUCAUCGCUGCUGCAGACUUUCCAGUGGCUUGUAAGCCUCGCGCUGGUCCACUCAUCGAGGACAUGUACAUUAACUAUCUGAUAUAUCCACUGGUCUUGGGGUAUUGUAAUAUUGUUGACUGCCAGUGCAGCGUACGCAUGUACAGUACGCGACGUGUUCAGACAGGCUCAGACAGGCUCAGACUUAAAACUUGUGCAGUG